GUCAGUAUCGUCAGUCACAGUACAACGCUGCGCGCCAACUAGCGCCCGGUGCGCGCGAUACUGGCCAAACAAAGCCGAACGCGAAAGUCAAUGAAAAUUCAAAAAAUAAAAAUCGAUCUAAUACGAAUGUCAUUGUUCUGAGCGUUAAAAAAAAUAUAUUUCAUUCAUCGUUCCAAAUACGAAAAAAAUCGUAGUGGUAUUUUGUGUAACAUUAUUGUUCGCAGUUUGUGUUUGAAUAUUUUGUUUUUGUUAAUGCAACACUGGUUGGUGAUUGUUUUUAAUUAGAAAAAAGAUAAAGAAAGCUAAACCAAAAUGGAUUUGGAGUUUCGGAAUCUAACCUACGUAGUGCAGAGCCUCGGCAUACCAAAAGGGCCAAGAAAGUUGGUUGUCAAAGGCGUAGACGGCAGGUUCACGUCCGGACAGCUGGUAGCCAUCAUGGGACCUUCUGGCGCCGGCAAGAGUUCGCUACUCAACGCAUUGUCUGGAUACAGGUCCGCGGGCGUAACAGGUGAACUCCUGGUAAAUGGGCAGCCGAGAGACGAGCAUCAUUUCCAGAGGUCUUCCUGCUACAUAACGCAGGAGGAUUUGCUCCAGCCACUGCUUACAGUACGAGAGGCCAUGGACGUGGCCGCCAAGCUGAAAGUACCUAAAGGAUUGAAGGCACCUUCAGAGGAAAUCCUGCAAGAAAUGGGCCUUCUAGAACAUCAGCAUACAAGGACGGAUAUGUUGUCUGGUGGACAGAAAAAGAGGUUAUCAAUAGCCCUCGAAUUGGUGAACAACCCUCCAAUCUUCUUCCUGGAUGAACCCACAAGUGGGCUGGACACGGUGACAACGACACAGUGUGUGAAGGUGCUUAAACAGUUGGCCAGACAAGGCAGAACUGUGAUCUGCACCAUACAUCAACCAGCGGCGUCUCUGUUGGAGCUGUUCGAUCAGGUCUAUGUGUUGGCGGACGGGCUCUGUAUAUACCAGGGUGAUACUGGCGCCAUGGUGCCGUUCUUAAGAAGUGUUGGUCUACCCUGUCCUGUGCACCACAAUCCAGCUGAUUUUAUUAUAGAACUCACCGAAAACCCAGAAGUCAUAACACUUCUAUCAAAAGAAAUGAUGAACGGGAAACUUUACAAAUCCUCAAAAUUAGACGAGGCACCGCCACAGGCCGCUCCCAAUCAGAUGCAGCUAAAGAUCAGCUACCAAACCGACGACUCCCAAGAGACCGAGAUAAUACUGUCAAAUGAAAAAUGUACCUACAAAGUAACGAACUAUGAAGGUUCGAGUGCCUCCGUAAGUUCGCUAUCCAGUCAGCUGUCGAAUGGAAACUCAUCGAUGGCGUGGAUGAAGAUGCAGAAAUCGGACUCGACGGGAUACGCCACGACGUAUUGUGAGCAGUUCACUAUAUUACUGAAAAGGAUGAUGACGCAAAUAUUCAGGAAUAGACAAGGUCUUAGCAUCCAGUUCAUACAUCACGUGAUGUGCGGUGUGCUGGUCGGCAUUUGUUUCUUCAACAUGGCCAACGACGGUACUCAGAUGUUCAACCAUCUCAAGCUGUGUGUUGGAUUGGUUAUAUUCUUCGCGUACACCCAAAUUAUGGUUCCUGUGCUAGUGUAUCCCCAAGAAGUGAAACUAGUUAAGAAGGAGCACUUCAACUGCUGGUACAGCCUGACACCAUACUACGCAGCUCUGACCGUCUCCAAGCUGCCCGUUCAAGUGACCUUCAACAUCAUAUUCUCCACGAUUGUCUACUUCAUGGCCGGGAUCCCCUUCUCAGUUCCUCGCUUCGUAGCGUUCUGUCUUAUUGGGAAUGUGGUGUCGUUAGCAGCUGAGGGUAUGGGACUGGCCAUCGGAUCGGUGUUUAAUGUUCAGAACGGCUGUGCUAUUGGACCAUCAGCGAUUGCUCCGUUCCUCGGUCUGGCGAUCUACGGAUUCGACUUCGCUCACGAGAUCCCACUACUCAUGAACAUUCUUAUGAAGACCUCCUUCAUCAGAUGUGGUAUUGUCGCCAUGGUCCUUACGAUCUUCGGCUUUGACCGGCAACCACUAGCUUGUAACGACAUGUACUGUCAUUUUGCGAAGCCAGACGUUCUUUUAAAAUAUCUGGACAUCGAGAAUAGUUCUGUGUGGUUCGAAAUCGCCACGAUGUUAGGAAUCAUGUUCGUUUUUAGAUCCAUGUGUUUCAUUGGUCUAAGAUGGAGGUUCGCUACGUGAACAACCAUAGACAAAGAUAGAUUUAUUGUUUUGAUAAAUUGUGAUAUGAGCAUUACACACAGUUGUUAGUACAAAAUUAUUUCGUUUUCACUUCAUAUAAGAUUAAAAUAUUAAGUUAUUUAAAAGCAGAUAAGUUUAUAAAUGGUAAGAUACUGUAUCAAGACAUUAAGGUGAUUUUAGACCUAACAGCAUCUUUAUGGUUAUUAUUCAACUGUAGGAAUCGUAACGGUUUUUUCUCGAAUUCAUUAAUAAAUCAUAAUGCUUGGAGGUAAAUGAGAAAAGAGUCGGGAUACAUUUUUAGCUAUUAAACAACGCUUGCAGGCCACCAAUAACGAACAUUCCAAAUUGAAAAGUUAAAUUUUAGAACACUUUUCAGAGCGAUCAAUUGUCUCAUAACUGCUCAUUAAUUUUGUUUUCCUACUGAGGUAGACGCCUUAACCCAUGUGACUAUUUUUUAAGAAAUGGUGGGCCGCUGGCAUUUCACAUCUAUUUAAAAAACGUUGGCCUUACUUAAAUUUACACAUAGUAUGUUUGUAUUUUUAAUUAAUCUGUCUCAAAGAAUUUUGAAUGCAUUAUAACUAUGUAUCCAGCCAAAGAUACUAUGUACAGAUUAUUUGUGACUGAUAUUUCUUUAGAUAUAACUAGAUUAUUACCAGGCAGUGUACUCAUCUCUCUUGCCCUAUAAUAAAUUUAAGUAGAUGUAUUUAAUUCCUUUAAAAUACAGGUUUAUUUUAAUUACAAUAAGGUAUGUUUAAAUAUAUUCAUAGGUUUAAGUGCGCAUUUUGUCAAAAAGCAGCCCUUGUCGAACUAUUCUACUUUAUUAAGAUCUGUACAUUACUAAUCUCAAAUUGAUCCUUAAUUUCACGAUGAAAAUUCAACUGUAGCAUGUGACUUACAACUGAAACCAGACAUCUUAUUGCCAGGGACUACUUGUAGCCGUUUUUUGCUGGCCAUCAUCCAUCAUCAUCAUGUACGGGACCCUUGAUAGCGGUUUUUUCUCUUUUGCUAUUUUAGGUUGUGAAAGUAUCUACAUCUUCAGAGCUACCCAUUUUUUCAUUGGUAUAAUAUGAACUCAAUUUGUAGAUAAUCAAACCUAUGAAUAUUGUAAAUAUUAGUAGUUAUUAUAAUUUUAAGGGACCAUUUACUAGUGUGAUAUUUAUACCUGUGCAGCCCAGUACUUUAAUUAAUAUACCUUAUGUAAGAUAGCUUGGUGUUGGCAUAUGAAAUUAAUUUAUUAUAAAUCCUACUAAAAUAAAAAUAAUGGUAACACUGUAAGCAAAUAAUUGACUAGGUACACUCGUCAUUUUCGAUUUGUUUUACAGGGUUUACCAAUUUCACUAAAUUAGAAACUAAUAAAUUAUGUAUGUUAUUGAAACUUUGGAAGUUGUAAUUACAUUUGGAAAAUGAAUUAAAUCCACUUUUUAGAAAUAAUACGAGGUAAAGGUAACAUAAGUAACGUAAAAUGAAAAUGGCUGUCACACAGCUUACGUAAAAGAAUAAUAAUUAAGAUAUUUUAAUGUCUUGUUAUAUGAUAUACUUAGCUCAUGUAUUUUUAAAACCUUCUUGUAUAUCUUUAUUAUUUGACUACACAUUUAACUGUUUAAUAACACAGUGUAGCCGAUGUAAGCUGGAAAAGAUCGGAAAAGAGAUAAAAUAUUGUUAGCGAGAUAAGUGUACAUGCACGUUGUAUCAGACAGAAACGGCACUAUUUUGACGUGACUAGUAACGUUGGCUUCGCUGGACCGUGGUAUAUACCAAUACUUAAUAUAAAAUUGUAUGCAUCCAAGACGAAAAUUCUAAGAAUCUAACGAGUGAUAAGCUUAUAGCCGACUUGACUUUAAAAUUGGUUUGAUAUUUUUGUUGUGUUCUAUUCAGUUCCAUUGAAAAUUAAUUUGACAACUCAGUAUGUACCAGAAACCAAAUGUAAAGAAAAUACCUGCGAAUUUAAGCCUUAUCAUUAGUUUCAUUCUUAAUUUCAGUCUUGAGUAGUAAGUAUUAUGAAUCCAUUUCAUAAUGCUUAACAAAUUUGGCCUGAGGGCCUGGUGAAUAAAUAUGAUAAGACUCAUUGGUCGAUGGAA